AUGUGUUUAGAUCCUCCCGAGUACAAAAAUGAUUUCAUACAAAAUUGGUUCUUCGUUGAAAUUCCACAGCUUCUGCGUGUCUGCAAAAUUCGAGUGUUCUCGCGAGACGAUUUACCAAAAGUUCCCCUCACAGACUUUUUCCUUUCAGACUUACUUAAGACGAAGUCGUUGACUUUAUCAUUGUGUAAAUUAUACUUAAUACCCGUAGUCAAGACACUUCCGUACUUCAUUGUUCUUGCGUUGUUAAAUUAUUCGACUCCAGCGAUUCAGCGUCGGAUCCUCAAGAAUUUAGAAGACAAUCAGUCUAUAGUACUUUUAUCAUUUGUCCUCUUACUCUGCCCACUUCUCUCGGCACUCUUCAGAGCUCACCACAUGCACUUACUCACACUGAUCCGUCUCAAAAUGAAGAAAGAGUGUAUUGAAGUAUUGUACUCCAAAAUGUUGAAGUCGAUGAAUGUAGAGUCGUCGACGUUAGUCAACUUGGUUUCAAUCGAUUUGGAAAAGAUCACUAUGAUCUUCACUGCGGUCCAUGCGUUUGUAGACACUCCUCUCUCUUUAAUAGUUUGUACUUCAAUGCUUUAUUAUUUACUUGGGAACGCUAUCUUCUAUGGACUCUUUGCACUCUUCUUGUGCUUCAUUCUAAUCCUUUGCUUGUCAAAAAUACAACGGAAAUUGCGAACACAACUGAUGAUGUUACGAGACGAGAGAGGGAAGGUCAUUGCAGAGAUGCUCUCGAAUAUCCGUGGAAUCAAGUUAGAAGGACUUGUCGACUUAGCACAGCAACGCGUUGAAAUGUGCAGAGCUCGGGAGCAAAAGUUGAUCCUCAAACUUUCUGUAGCAGAUGGGUGUUUGUUCUCGGUGACAUCUGUUUUACCCGUGGUCAUCUCAGUGGUGACAUUUUACUUCAGUUUGAGAAAUGGAAAGGAAGUGACCCCAUCGACCGCAUUCCCGACACUCACGCUGUUCCAAAUGUUACAACGCCCACUUGGAUUUUUACCAAUGCUCAUCGUGCAGUGGACGGAAGCCAAAGUUGGGAUUGAGCGAAUGCAAAAGUUCUUAGCAAAAGAAGAAAUUAAAGAGAAAGAUGUGUAUGAGGAUGAGAUGUAUCCCAUCUGCAUUAAAGGAAAUUUCUCAUAUGAAGCAAUCGAUGACAGAGCAAAUGAGUCAGAAGCAACUGCAAAGGAUGAAACACCAAUAGUAACAACUAAUAGUAAAAAUAUAGUUUUACGAGAUAUCAAUAUGAAAGUGAAAAAGGGAGAGUUGGUGGUGGUUAUCGGUAAAGUGGGUUCGGGGAAGUCAACACUGAUCUCUUCGAUGCUGGGAGAGACUUUUCGUUCUUCAAAGUCGUUUGUUGGAACAUGUGGGAAAGUGGGUGUAGUCUCGUCGACUCCAUGGCUCCGCAAUUCGUCAGUCUUAGAAAACAUUUUGUUCGGCGAAGAGUACAACGAGAAGAAAUUGGAGAACGUCAUAUACAAAUGUCAACUUCUCCCAGACAUCCAGAUGUUCAAAGACGGUCUCUCAACUGAAAUUGGAGAACGGGGGGUGACACUCUCUGGAGGUCAGAAACAACGAAUCGCCCUUGCUCGAAUUAUCUAUAGAAAUUGCGACAUUGUCCUUCUUGACGAUGUUUCAUCCGCAGUUGAUCCACAUGUAGCCGUGAAAUUGUUUGACGACAUCAUCUUGAAUGAACUCAAAAACAAGACUCGAGUGCUUUGCACACAUCAAUUGCAAUUUCUUCAACACGCAGACAAAAUUGUUGUCUUGGAGAAUAAACGCAUUGGGUUCAUGGGGACAUAUGCAGAAUACUUACAAACUGCAUUUGCCACACAGAUGGCAGAUAUGAUCAAGAAGAGUGGCUUACAAAAGAAUAGUUUAGUUAAUAAUAAAAGAAUUAGAAAUAAUAAUAAACCAGAGAAGAAAGAAGCUCCACAAAAGAAUGUCAAUUUGGCCCAAAUGACACCAGGCUUACAAGAACUUGUGAAGGAAGAAAAUGCCGACAAUUCGUUGAUAAAGACAAAAGUGUUUAUGAGAUACAUCCGCCAGUUGGGUGGGAUACCUGUUGCAUUUUUGUAUUUAAUCAUAGCAGUCCUUCGCAAGGGUCUUUCGACCAUCGGCGAUUAUACAUUAACACUCACGCCAAUCCCCUUAAUUAUGUAUAUAACAUUUCACGCUCUCAGUAGCUUAUCUGUUGUCUGUAAAUGUACAGUAGAGGGUUUCUUUGGGAGUCGAGCGUCCACACGACUCCAUAACAAUAUGUUCUCGAAGAUCACACAUUCAAAGUUCCUCUUUUUCGACUCGACACCACUUGGGAGGAUUUUAAAUCGCUUUUCAAAGGAUAUUGAGACGAUCGAUGGACCACUGAAAAGAGUCAUCUCACAAGUACUUUUCCAAACGACUUCGGUGUUGGCCGUUUUGGUGUUGAAUGUCUCGUCGUCGAUUUUGUUCUUACCCUUUCUGAUACUCCUCUCCCUCUUUUAUUUUGAAUUGAUGCGGUUUUACUUGUCCUCGUCGCAAAAUUUGGAACGACUGGGAGCUACGACGAAGAGCCCGAUAUUCUCCGUAAUAACAGAGUCGGGCGCGGGGUUGUCGACGAUUCGCGCAAUACAUGGGACCACAUUGCUUCAACACGAGUUGACUGAUAAAAUUGAUUUUCACGUCUCAACUGUCUUCACAAGUCAACUUGUCGAGCGGUGGUUGUGCCUUUGUGUUGAUGUCAUUGGCGCGUUUGUGAUAUUUGGAAGUGUCGCUGCGGCUUCAUUUUCGUCUGCGAAAGUCGCGGGACUUGCUAUUUCAUAUGCACUGAAUGCGACACACUCGUUGGUCUUUUUAAUUAAACAGUUUUCGGAAUUACAAGGCGCGUUUGUUUCUGUUGAAAGAGUGUUGGAGUAUUGCGACUUGCCGACAGAAGACGAGGAGGAUUUGAAAAUUCAAAUUGACGAUGUGGAAGAGCAAGGUGACAAUUUGACUGACAUUCAAACGAUUAAAACAGCACCACCUGAUGCUAUUGAAAUUGAAUUAGAGAAUGAAGGGACACCAAAAGUGGAGACUUGUGAACGUCCUAAGGGUGUCACUAAUGAAGUUUCUGAUAUUAAAACUUCAAUAAGAGAAAAGUGCUCACAGCAAGAAAAUAACACACUUUCAUCUCAAAAUACUUUGAGGUCUUUUGGUCCAAGAACUAAAAUUGAACUGCAACAGUUGAUUAACAAGAAAGAAAUUCCAACAGGAGAAAUUGUUUUUAAGAAUGUCGUGAUGCGAUACAGAGAAGAACUCCCGCCGAUUCUUAAGGACAUUUCAUUUGAAAUUCACAAAGGAGAGAAAAUUGGAAUAUGCGGCCGAACAGGGAGCGGAAAGUCCUCACUCUUCCAAGUCCUUUUCAGAGCUGUCAAUUAUGAGAAGGGGUGCGUCACGUUGGAUGAUAUCCCCCUCACCGAUUUCCCACAUGACUUACUCAGAGAGAUAGUCGGAAUCAUUCCACAGGACCCACUUGUCUUUAAAGGCACGUUGAAAGAGAACGUCGACCCAUUCAAUAAAUUCACAGAGGAGAGUAUCAAGGCGGUUGUGAGUAAGUUGGAGUUUGAGAAAACGUUUAGUGACUUAAAUGGUAACGUCGAGAUGUCUGGAAACAACUUGAGUUCGGGAAUGAAACAGAUGCUGUGUGUGAUCAGAGAGUGUUUGAGAGAGUCAAAAAUCGUGUGCUUGGACGAAGCAACAGCUGGUGUGGACUAUGAGACAGACCAGAAGAUACAAAAGUCUAUUCGAAUAUUAAUGAGGAACAAAACAGUCAUUACUAUAGCACAUAGAAUACACACAAUUAUCGAUUACGACAGAAUCAUGGUGAUGAAUGAUGGAAAGAUAGUCGAAUUUGACUCGCCCGAAAAACUUUUGAAUAACAAAGACUCAUUAUUUGCUCAAAUGGCAAAGCAGCAGAUGGACGAGUAA